AUUGCGAAAAAAAAUAAUUUUUUGUAAAUUUCACAGAAAAACGACACUGCCAUGACUCUUGCUCAGCCUGAUUUCAACAAGAAAGUCGUCUUUCUCGAAAUCCAAAUUGGAAAAGAGAAAGUCGGGCGCAUGGUGAUCCAAUUGCGAAGUGAUAAAGUUCCUUUAGCUGCGGAAAAUUUCAGAUGUUUAUGCACAGGAGAAAAAGGUGUCUCGAGCAUCUCGGGAGCAAAUUUAUCGUACAAAAACACGAAAUUCAACACAAUCAAGAAACUUUUCAUGGUGCAAGGAGGUGACAUUGUAAAAAAUGACGGCACCAACGGCGAAAGUAUCUACGGAAAAACCUUCGAAUCGGAGCAAAGUGACUUGGAACACUCGGAAGGAGCAGUUGGCAUGGCGAAUUUCGGCAAACCCAACACCAACAAUUCGCAAUUUUACAUUUGUGCGGUCGAUGCGCCGCAUUUGAACGAAACAAAUACCGUCGUUGGGUACGUUAUUCGCGGUUUGGGGAUCAUUUCGGAGAUGGAACAGUACACAAGUGACGACGGGAAGCCCGAAAAAGACGUAAUUGUCUCAGAUUGCGGCGAAAUUUUGGAAGGAGAGGAUUUUGAGGUGCACGACAACGACGAAACGGAAGAUCAUUUGCCGCCGUUUCCGCGCGAUUGGAAAUUGUGGGAGGCGGAUUUGACGAUGGAUGAAAUGACGCGAUAUUUGGAGUGCAUAACGGCAGCGGGAGACUUUUUUGCGAGCCAAGAGCGAUUUGUAGAAGCAGCGAGAAAGUACAAAAAAGCGAUUCGCUUUUAUCGGUACUUUAAUGAUCGCACAAAUUUGCCGGCAGAGAAGGAACAACUCAAAUUGUGGUUGCACGACAACAGCGUGAAUCUCGCAGGAGCGCAACUCAAAUUGCAGAAUUACGUGGAAACGAUAAAUGCGGCAUCGGAUGCACUUAAAAUCAAGCCAAACAAUGGGACGGCACUUUUUUACAGGGCGCAGGCACGAGCAGCACGAAAAAUGUACGAAUUGUCGUUAGACGACCUCAAAAAAGCGUUGAAAGAAUCGUCAGGCGACAAGAAAAGAGCUGCGGAAAUUCUCGAUGAAUUUGAACGAGUCAAAAAAUUGUUGCUGGAUUACCGAGAAACGCAGAAAAAAGCUUAUGCCAAAAUGUUUAAGUAAAAAAUGCGAUAAAAAUGCGCUCUUCUGAAGUUACCUGACGUAUGGGCAGCC